UUAAUUGAAAAAAUAUAAUCUGUUAUAACAUUUAAAUAAAUAAAAAACACCUUAUCGAUAUCUCGUUACUCAAUUUGAAAGCCCUCUUCCUUCUUCGCUUCAUUUCUCUCUUCUUCUUCUUAUCUGUAACUAACUCUCGCCAAUCACAAUCACCUUUUUUUUUUCUUCAAAUCUAACCGUAACAGAAUUCUGUUACAAUGCCGUCUACAAGUUCCGUCACAGCUCCGUCAUACGCCGUUAUCCCCUUCACCUUCACCUCUUCAAAAUCAUCUCCAAAUUUUCCAACAACAAAACUCUUCACCAAACAAAACCCUAAUCCACUACUCCAAACAAAAUCCACUCGCUCUCAUCGAAGAGUUCUAGUAAAAGCAACCGUUUCAAUAGAGAAGGAAACUCCAGAAGCUGAACGACCGGAAACGUUUCUCCGAGGCGGCGAUGGCGACGGAGGUGUGUCGUCGGUUAGGGUUAGGUUUGAGAAGAUGAUUAGAGAAGCGCAGGAUAGUGUUUGUAAUGCGAUUGAAGCUGCUGAUGGUGGUGGAAAGUUUAGAGAAGAUGUUUGGUCUAGACCGGGUGGCGGUGGUGGUAUUAGUAGGGUUCUUCAAGAUGGUGAUGUUUGGGAGAAAGCUGGUGUUAAUGUUUCUGUUGUUUAUGGUCAAAUGCCUCCCGAUGCUUAUCGUGCUGCUAAAGGUGGUGCUAGUGCGGAUCAGAAGCCUGGUCCUAUUCCCUUUUUCGCUGCCGGAAUCAGCUCUGUUUUACAUCCAAAGAACCCAUUUGCCCCAACCUUGCAUUUCAAUUAUCGCUAUUUUGAAACUGAUGCCCCUAAAGACGCUCCUGGAGCACCUAGACAAUGGUGGUUCGGUGGAGGAACCGACUUAACCCCUGCUUAUAUUUUUGAAGAGGAUGUCAAGCACUUCCACUCAAUUCAAAAACAGACUUGUGACAAAUUUGAUCCUACAUUUUACCCCCGAUUCAAGAAAUGGUGUGACGAUUACUUCUAUAUCAAGCAUCGAGAUGAAAGGAGAGGGCUGGGAGGAAUAUUUUUCGAUGAUCUGAAUGAUUAUGAUCAGGAGAUGCUCCUUUCCUUCGCUACCGAAUGUGCAAACUCUGUUAUUCCCGCAUACAUACCUAUCAUAGAGAAAAGAAAGGAUUUGCCCUUCACAGAACGUCAGAAAGCAUGGCAACAAUUGAGAAGAGGACGAUAUGUUGAAUUCAAUUUGGUAUAUGACAGAGGUACAACAUUUGGACUGAAAACUGGAGGGAGAAUAGAGAGUAUUCUUGUUUCUCUCCCACUGACUUCUCGGUGGGAAUAUGAUCAUAAACCAGAAGUAGGAAGUGAAGAAUGGAAACUCUUAGAUGCGUGCAUCAACCCAAAGGAAUGGAUCUAACUUAUCAGUUUUGGUAGCUUUUUCAAUAACAAUAAGAUAAGAUAGCUUGUAUUCUUUUUUUCCCGUGUAUAUCAUGUACUUCCUUUUUUAGCGUUGAGUUGUAAAUCACGUGUUUUACACUGUUCACCCAUGUUGUUAAAUUAUGCAAAUGACAAUUGUUUAGACUGCAAUGUAAUGUAUUCACUGUA